AUGGAUUUGUCUAUACGCUGCAGUUUUUCAACGCCUGAGACUGUUUCGAUAAAGCGGCUACGUAAAGCCCUGCAAGAAGUAAUUAAAAAGCAGACAGUUUUGCGUACAUCUUUUCAUAUUGAUCCAACUACGGCAGAACGGUACCAACGCAUUGAAGAGUUAACUGACGAGGGAUUCAUAUUUGUGGAAAGCAAACUGUGCGAGAAAUACUGUUCUGAUGCACUACAAACUCUCAUUAUUCAAGAGAGAGCACCAAAUAUAUUCCCACCGGAAGGAGCUCGUCGUGUCCGGUUACAUAUUGUUCGUCGCCACUUAAGAAAAGCAGAAAAACACGGCUGCGAGCCAGACAAUAACAACGAGGAUUCUCUUCAUGUUGGAGAUUUCAUCAUUCUUACGACGCGAAACGAAGUUUUCGAUGGUACAUCCGUGCGCUAUUUGUUAAAUGAUUUAGUUUCCGCUUACAGAACCGGUUAUCUACCUAUUCGCAAUGACGCUGUUACUUAUUUGGACUAUACGAUAUAUACACGUGAAAUGGAUACAUCGGCUAGUAGCGCCUAUUGGGAAGAACUCUAUCAAGAUUUAGAUGUUACAAAAUUUGUAUCUCGCAUUCCAUCUGAUCGUUCGUAA